AUGAGAGGUUGUUGUUUGAUUCUCCCCUUAGUAUGUACGCAGACCAUCAUGGCGCCAUCGAUACGGCCUCACUGUGCAACAACUGCCGCUGCAUUCUGGCCUCGGAAGUCGUGCUACGGGACGCGUUUGUUCUUCCACGGGAAGAUGCUAGUAUCACUUCUGCUCUAUCUUCACGGUCUAGGUGCGCCAGCCGCCGCAGGAACAACCGACGCACUGAGCACCGUGUUCUCCGCCGGAGAUGAGACGCACGACAGCGCCGCGCUGACGGCAGAGCUCCUGCGGGACACGGAGGUGUUACGGUAUGCCAUGCCGGACGUGAAAGUUCUGGAGAACGGGUGCUCGGUUUCGCAGUACGAGACGGUCCAGUGCGACUGCUGUUUGCGACAUUUCACGCACUACCGACAGCUGGAGACCUACGCUCAUGACGGCAGGUUGCGGUGCCGCGAGUACAUCGACGUGCGGGCGGACGUUCCGCCCGAGUGCCAAGUGGACACACCGGUGACCCCGGCGUCCCAGAAUGCCGUCCUGAAAGCCUUGCUGCAGCAGCGCGCGGCGCGGCUCAGCGACAACGCCGACGAGGGGAUGGUUCAGGAGAAGGAGCAAGCCUUCAAAGAGGCGCUGGACAAGUAUGUGGUGGACGUGCUGAGCUUCGGCCCGGAGCCCGGGAGAUCGAAGCACAUUUGGCCGCGGAUCCGGUGUGACGACGGUCGGUUAGUUUGCGAGUGUCCGGACGAGUUGGGCAGUGCGGUGGAUGACGCGCUCAAAGACGACCAGAAGCGGUGCACAGAAGAGGCGCAGCGCUGCGUGCCGUACACAGAGGACCAAAUCAAAAACCCGUUCUCGAACUUCCGCCUGCACGAACUCCCCACCUACGAAACCUUCGCCACCCGGUACCACAACGCGCGGCUGUGGACGGCGCCAGACACUGGCCUCCCGAAGGACGACUUGCUUGCGCAGCAGCAGAAAACACUGCCGCACUGCCGAGAUACAGAUACUAGCACAAGUACUGGUGCAGGGGACAAGCAAGCGGUCGUUACCUCCUCCCCGGCUUCGUCUCCAUCACUUCCACCCGGAAACGCUGCACCGCCGGUGGUAACCGCCGCGACUCUGCGGGCGCCGCGGACUUCGCUCGGGUUUUUCCGGUGCAAGUAUCUGCCACUGAAAUUCUGCGAGAGGCACUACGUGCGGUACACCAUCAAACGCAAAAGUGACGAAGAAGAGAAUGGGUUCUGGCGCUGCGUCGUGCAGGAUGACGCCCUGAGUGGAACAAGGCCAGGGGCAUGGGGGGAAAAAAACGCCGCGGCCACGCGACCAGCAGCAGUGCCAAGAACGUGUCCGGCCACGAUAUUCCUGCAACACGUGAUCAAACGACGCAACCGAGAGGCGCAAUACGCGGCUAUGCGCCGGGCUUUCAAUCCAGGCAUCGUCAUGAACCAUGGGCCCCAGAAGCCCGACGAACAGGAGCUAAAACCUGCUGAGGACCUUUCGCAUCCAGACCUUUGA